GCAUGCAACACACCGGUUCAUCAUCAAUAAUGCAAACUCUCCACUGUAUAUAUAGAGAGAGAAGGGGAGAGAGAGAGAUGCAAAUACAUAAACCCACAAAUCCACAAAAAAUUAUAAUCUUUCCAAACACCUUUUGCGGCGAGUCUUGACAAUGGCUUCUUCUGCUACUGCGAUGUUCAUCGACGCGAUCUCAUUCACAAAUAUCGGAAAUCUGUCCCCCAAUCAUCGAUCUCACCGGAGUUCUGUUCCGGGUUUCUCCAGAUCCUUACAGAACAUCAGGAUCUCAUCCAACGGUUCAGAUUUCUCCGCACGAUCAAGGCCCACUUCCAAGAACUCGACUGCCACCGGUGCCUUCAUCUGGAAUCUGUUCAGUGGCGAGAAAUUUACACCACCUAAAGUUCAAGAACUCCAUGUCUACGAGCUCAACGAAGGAGAUAGGAACAGCCCGGCGGUCCUGAAACUCGGGAAGAAACCGGAGCUCUGUCUCGGAGAUCUUGUCCCCUUCACGAACAAGCUGUACUCCGGCGACCUCACCAAGCGCCUGGGAAUCACCGCCGGUCUCUGCGUCCUGAUUCAGCACGUGCCCGAGAGGAACGGAGACCGGUUUGAAGCCACUUACAGCUUCUACUUCGGAGACUACGGCCACUUGUCCGUACAGGGACCGUACUUGACGUACGAGGACACGUACUUGUCCAUCACCGGCGGCGCCGGUGUCUUCGAGGGAGCGUACGGACAGGUCAAGCUUCGUCAACUGGUGUAUCCGACGAAGCUUUUCUACACCUUUUACCUGAAGGGUAUCAAAGAUCUGCCGGCGGAGCUCACCGGAAAACCUGUCGAGCCCUCACCGGACGUGAAGCCUUCGCCGGAGGCUCUGGCGACUGAGCCCACCGGAACCAUCCGUAACUUUACUGAUUAACUAAAUUAAACAAAUCUCCUCUGCUUUUCUCGUGUGUCUAAGCUUUAGUUCGUAGUUUUCUGUCCUGAUGAUAUGAGCUGUCUGUAUAAUCUUUCCGUCGAUGCGAUGUCGAAAAUAAAUAUUAAAUAGUGUUCAUGAAACGAUUAGAAAAAUAUCUCAAAUUGGAUUCUC